CUCUUUAUUUUACAGUGGGUUUGGUCAUACAGGAAGGGAUGGGUGAUAGAGGAAAUAUCAAAGAGAAGACGAGGGAGAGACCGGCAUUAAGCGAACAACAAUCCUAAAUGGACAUGUAUUAAGUACACUUCAUAAAAGUUUCAGUUCAGUGUCAGGAUAAUUCACAUGGAUAUGGUGGGGUGGUGUUCGGAGAUGAAACGUUUGCCAUGACCUCAAGCUGUAUCCCAGAUAUGGCUGGGUACAGUCAAUACAUAUCUAGAUUUAGAAACCGCUUCAGUGCUGGAGUCAUUACUGCAGAGAACUGGAAUGAUGCUCAAGCCUCUUGCAGUGACUCAAAUCUAACUAGGUGUUCACAUGGUCGCUCUUUCGAGGAGGAGGAGAAGAACCUGCAUCUGAAGGGGGAAAAUAAAAAGACAUUUCAAUAGGAAUGCACACGAGAUUUCCCCAAUGCAGAGUAAAAAGUACUGGUGUUGUGGCGAAUUCUGACAAAUGCCAAAUGAUUACCCCCCUAGUAUUAGUAGGUUUAGGAUUAGGUGUGGGGGAGGGGAGGGGUUAAGAUUAGGGGUUGGUUACCAGUUAAGUGCUGGUACUGUGUACCAAUGCAUACCGGCCCACUUCGAGCACUGGUUCCCGCCCCUAUGGUCACAGCAAUAAAAAAUAAAAUUUUGAAAAAAUACUUUAACUGUCUUUCUAUUAAUACAGUACAGUGAAUGACAACCAUCUGUGGUCUCCUAAUGGCUUACAUUAUUGGCAGUUUAGUGUUAAGUGAUUCAUUUACACCAAAAUAAAAAAUAACAUGUAUGCCUUCAUCUCCUAAAACAUUAUUUUGGUCUUACAUUUCAUACUGAACUCAGACAAGCUCAGUGCCGACUCGUUUUCCGUCAGUUCUUUUUUGUGAAUUUGAAUGUGUGCAAAGGAUUGUGGGUGACUAAAGGACGUGAAGGAUACACUUGAUGCAUCCUAAAAUGAAUGAGCCGAAUGAAUUAAGCCAGGAUUAGACCUUAGUUCAAGACAUUUAAGUAGCUUUUAUAAACGUGCCAUAGGAAAAAAAAGAAAAACAGUGUGCUGACACAAAACAAUGGCAGUGACAUAUUUUAAGAUAUGUCAUUGCAAGUUGCUUUCAGUUAAAACAGCUCAAAUGUGCAUUUUAGUCUGGGACUAGACUUAAGCCUUGUCUUAAGCCUUGUCAAGUCAAAAAAAUUAUUAAUGUACAUUUUUUAAAGUAAAAUCAAUGAAUUCUUUAAAAGUAAAUUUGUAGUACUUUAAUUUGAAGUGUAAUCAUUGUUUUAAUUUGAAUUUUCAAAUGAAAACUAAAUCAAUGAAAAAUCUAUUAUUGUGAAACGCUAUAAAGAUCCCAGCUGCGCUCAAAACGACAUCAAAGAGGAGGAAGGUUGUAUAUUUUUCCUGUUCAGACAUCUGCAGUAAGGAUCGUCUGGCGUCUUUUGGAAGUAAGUACCUUGAUUAGCAAAUCUGCUAUUCGAGAGCAUAUGACUAGCACUAAAAACGUACGUUCGUUACAGAAAUGUAUCAUACUAUGAUAGUAACUUAAUCAGACGCUAACCAAAUUACAGUAGUACUAACGUUACUAUAGUUGUUGGUACAUGUCUUGAACUUGAACUACGCUAGUGGACAUUGCUGAUAUUUGAAAUCAACCCAAACAAACCCAUCCCUCCGCCUCCAAAACUCACACUCCAAUCCUAAACACCCUGCUCCGAGUCGGUCUCGAACCCCAGCCCAAUCGCUGGUGGCAUGUGAGGCGAAUGCACUACCAAUGACGCUAAACACAGCAUUCUCUAGCAGUGGUCAGUGUGCAGUGAUUUAACUGCAAAUCUCUCACUAUCUGGCCACUGUUACACACGCAAUACGAGAGUGGGUGUCUGUUUAUCACAGUUGACGAGCAACAAAAUGCUUCACGGAAAAUAAAACGCAGUUGAUGAACGAACGACAAGGAAUCACAAAAAAAAAAUCAACGUACAGUACACAAGAGUAAAUACAAACAAGUGUUUGUUCGCCAACAGCACAGCAACUCCAGACAAUAUAAAACUAUGUUACUUACAUGAGAAGAAAUCAAAGCAGCCUCCGCAUCUGAUUUCAGGCCUUACCGCUUAGCUCUCUCCAGCACUGGAAAACUUUUCUAAUAUAAACAUGGUCCUAAAGUGCUUGCCCAGUCAUAAACCUUCAUUCCUCGUUUGUAUUGUGUCCCAUCUCUCGUUCUGCAGUUUUUUCUUUUAUUAUUUUCAAAUCUCCCUCUUGCUCAUUCUGUCUCCUCGACCGUACGCCCCUUAAUGCUGAUUGGUUAGACUUUUUUGUUGUUGUCGGCCCGACUAACUUCCAAACAGUGUAUCUGAAAUUCUACUGAGUCUCCCUUUAAAGGGACACACACUAAAACAGAGCGUUUUUGCUCACCCUCAAAAAGUGACAAGUUUAACAUGCUAUAAAAAAUUAUCUGUGGAGUAUUUUGAGCUAAAACUUCACAUGCACACUCUGGGGACAUCAGAGACUUAUUUUACAUCUUGUAAAAGUGGCACUAUAUCACCCCUUUACCUAAAACUAUUACAAAGUACUACUACUUGUUUUGUCAAUUGAAAUAAAGCUGAAAUAAAAUAAAAUAUAAAUGUAAGAUGAAGAAUUAAACGUAAAAAUCUAAAAUGAAAAUUAGAAAUCUAGCCUUGGCAAAUAUCUAAUAUAAAAAAAGUUCAUGUUGAAGUGCUAGAAAUUACUGAAACUAAAAUAAAUAUAAAUUAAAGAUUAAUAGAAUUAAAAAAAAAGUAAUACAAAUGACAAAAAUAAAUAAAAAAAUUAAAGUAAAAGCUAAUUCAAAUUAUUUACAAAUAGUAUUAUAGUAUAUACAUAAUACUAAAAUAACACUGCUAAUGACUAGGGCUGAGUUAAAAUGAUUGACUUUUCGAUUUUAAUCAAUUACGAUAUCAAUUCUUAAAUCCCAAGAAUCAAUUUCUAGACUGUUCUGCUGUUUUCAGUUGAUACAUGAACAAAACAUCACUAAACAUUAUUUUUUAGCACACCUUCCAUCCAUUAGAUUGGAAUAAGCUUUGUGCUUUGUUACUGAUAAGAAGCAAAGUCUUAGCUUUCAAGUUCUGUCAAUUUUAUUACCAAAUUCAAAAAUAAAUAGUUUCUGUUUCUCUUUAAUGUGGCGUGACAGAUUGCUGUAGCCACCUCAGUUUAAGCGGAAGUGCACAUGAAUCCCCUCUUCUUCACUACUAGUUAUAAGACAAAAUAUCCAUGAAUGAACAUCAGAAGGUAUGUUGAAAGAUACAGUACAACUUACCCUAUUCAGUAUCACGUCUCAUGUAAUCACUAAUCACUGUUUCAACUGUGGUAAGAUCGGAAAGACAUUUUAAGUCGGACCCCACAAAGACAACAUCUUACAAAUCAUAUAUAAGGUUGUUUGACAAUCUUAAAAGUCACUAUAGUACACUAUACCUACCAUAUAGUAUAUAGUACACUAAACCUUCCAACUCAGAUGUUUUUUAACACGGCAUAAAAAUUUCCUGUAUUUUCCGGUUAUAUUCUAAAAAAGAGACUGAGAAAUAAUUAUACAUGGUCAUUAUACCAUUAUACCUAAAACAACAUCUAAUGGUGGCCUAAGACUUUUGCACAGUACUGUAAAACUUCCAAAAGGUGGUUUGCGCAGUGAUGCUAGAAACAUUUUUUGGGUUCCCCAAAGAACCUUUCAGUGAACAGUUCUUAAUAGAACCAUUUUUUUCUUAGUAUAAAGAAUGUUUUAAUGAUCUAAAGAAGCUUUUUUUCCAAUAUAUUUUCACUUUUGUGCAAUAAAAAGGUUUCAUGAUGUUAAAGGUUCCUCAUGGUACCAUAGAUGCCAAUAAAGCCUUUAUAUUUAAGAGUGUAUAGGGAAUGCAUAAAUGCAUCUGACAACGUUUAAACCCGAUGCUGGGUAUACUUCAAGUGAUGUCAUUAGUGGCCGUGUUAAUACAUCAAAGACUAGCCAAUGUUUUUUAACUAGAAUAUGCCAACUAUGGCAAAACUAGAACAGAACACAGUGCAAACAGCAAUUUGCACAACACUUAAUAAGCUUCAUAUAUGAGGAAACUUGCUUUGCUUAGAGAUCAAUAGUACGGCUCUAAGAUCAUACUAGACAGCAGCUGGAAAAGUCUGAUUAAAGUUCUCCCUGAGGAUCUCCCAGCAUCCCACUGGGACUGUCUGAUGCCAACCGUCCUCUCCAUCGCCCUCUUGUGGCGGGAGUAGAUAAAUACCCUGUAGAAUAGAGUCUUUGUGCCUUUAUUAUUUAUCAUAAUGGGAUUAUGUCUUUUCCUUGAAGAUAACCAUAGCUGCAUCCCUCUCUAUAAGCUCUUGUGUACAUUUAUGGUAGAAAAUUAAGAUGCAUAUUUGAUGCGUUCCUACUUUGUCUCAAUGUGUAGUGCAAGAUCAUCACCUGAUGUGACAUGGAAAGUUUUAAGCAUAAAAUCAAAGUAUCUCUUAUUUCUGAUGAAAGGUUUCCCUUGGGGAAAAGAAGUAUGCUUCAUGUGCACUUGCAGUGUACUUCAAAUCUUAAAAGUAUAUAUAUAUAAUUUUAAACUGUACUUUGCAGAUGAUAUAAUAAUAAUGAAAUAAAAGGCCACUACUUAAAGUAGACUUUCUUAGCACAGUACAUAAUCUGCAUACAAUUUUCUGCUUACUCUGUAUAGAUGUAUAAUACUUAACUAUUUUUUUUAAUUUUACUUAGGUUUGUACGUUCUAUUAGCUUAAGUAAAUUAUGUGUCACACAGUCACAAAUAUUGUUUUUGUUUCUCACAGACAGUAAAUAAAAGGAAAUGAAACUAUUUAAUAAACAAAGGAAAAUAUGACUGUUAUGAGUCAGCAUGAGCGCAUGUAUAGAGCAAAAGCAGCAUGUAGUGAGUGAACGGAUGUUACGUGAUGGACGUUACGUGAUCACUUCUGGAGGUAACAGGUCAGCCAUGACGCGUGGAAAACAAAGGGUCCCAGUCCAAUGUGAAGACAUUGAUAAAAUUUCAGUUCAGUGUCAGGACGACCAAUUUGGAUUGAAUGCUGAAGUGGUUUAUGGAAAAAAUUCCUUUCCGUUACGGAGGUGCACUCCAUUUGUGACUGGCUCUUAUCAUGGGGUAAGAGUUACUGGACAGAAUCACACUGCUGCUGGUCAAGUACAGGAUUCAUUUGCUGUGAAUGGACAAAUCAAUGCAACUGUAGGCUUCUCCACAGACACAGAUGCUGUGGGUGCCGACAGCCUAACGUUCACAGAUGGGAUCUCUCCAGGAUUCAUGGAACCCGAUGGCAUGGGAGACAACGGCCAUGAGCUGAUGAAUGGAGAUGAACGUUAUAGAAAAGAGAAACAUGUGCAUCCAAAGGGAAAGAAGAAAAAGCCUAAGAGAGGGGGGAGAACAUAUCGAAUUCACAAUUACUUUGAAAAAGUGUCCGUACAGUGUCAGCAUGAUCCAUAUGGAUGUGGUGGGGUGGUGGUAAAUGAAGAUGAAACCUUUCCCAUGACCUCAAGCUGUAUCCCAGAUAUCACUGGGUACAAUCAGAGCCUAUCAAGAUAUAGACAUCGGUUCAGUGCUGGAGUCAUUACUGCAGAGAACUGGAAUGAUGGUUGAGCCUCUUGCAGGAGGAGGAGAAGAACCUGCAUCUGAAGGGGGAAAAUAAAAAGUCAUUUCAUUAGGAAUACACAUGAGAGAUUUGCCCAUGCAGAGUAAAGAUUACUGGUGUUGUGCCGAAUUCUGACCCCCGACAAAUUAUCAAAGGUAUUAAUAGGCAAUCAAAUAGGUAGUGACUUCAAUGAGGUGGUAAUAAUUAGGCAGGAAGUCGAAAUUCGUCACAACACCGGCAACAUGUGAGAAGUGCCGGUACGCAAGAAAACAUGAUGGUACACAGAUUAAAAUGUAGAAGUGCUUUAAGUACUGGUUCCUGCCCCUAUGUUCAUAAUAAAAUUUUGGGAAAAUA